AUGGCGGAGCCAAUAAUGGUACCCAGCCUUCCGGGGAAUCCAAACCCUAAUUACCAGGGCCUACCAACUGCAAGUGUUGAUCUUCCUCCUCCUCCUCCGCCUCCACCAGCCACAGGAGGUUCGUGGAGUCCCAUCAUAUUCAGCUUCCCGAAAAGGCCUUCGAUUCGACUCACUUCCGAGUUCGACAGCGACUCGUCCGUUUUCUUCCAUAAGGUCUCGUGCAAGCUGUUUGACAGCCUGGCCAAACUGAAGCUCUCCUUCCACAACAACCACAAGGGCGAGCUCUCUCCGCCCCAAUUGGCACUUGUCUCCAAGCACCUUUCCAUUAACUACGACUUUGAAGAUCAAUCUACUCUCCUCAGCGGCUCCGUCGAUGUUGGUCCUCGAUUGCAACUCCGUGCUACCCAUGAUCUCAAGGCACAACAAGGAGAGGCAUCCGUGGUUGCGAAGGUUGCUGAACCUGGCUAUGCAUUUGAACUCUCUUCUCCUGUACCUUCUGUUGGUUUCCCAAAAGCUACCCUUAAAUUCCCCCUUGGCGAAGUUUCUUUGGAGGAAAAAGAAGAAGAGGAGACGAAGAGAAUGUUGUCGAUCAAUGGCAUUGUGAAAGGCCAAAUUUUGAAUGGGUCGUGCACUGCCCAUUAUGCGGAUGAGGAUUUGAGGUUGAGGUACUCAUACAAGGAUGAGGAGAUGUCUUUUAUCCCGACCUUUUCUCUGCCUUCAAAUGCAUUGUCAUUUGCUUUUAAGCGUCGGUUUGGUCCUUCAGACAAGUUGAGCUACUGGUACAAUUUUGAUUCUGACUACUGGAGUGCGGUAUACAAGCACACAUAUGGCAAGGACUUGAAACUUAAAGCUGGUUAUGAUUCAGAGGUGCGCCUUGGCUGGGCAUCUCUUUGGGUUGGAGAUGAAGGUGGCAAAGCAAGGACAGCCCCAAUGAAGAUGAAGGUUCAAUUCAUGCUCCAAGUGCCACAAGAUGACAUUCGAUCAUCAACUUUGAUGUUCCGGGUUAAAAAGAGAUGGGACAUAUAG